AUGGCGACCAAUUCCUCCGUCUCCGCUUGCGUCCGCGUCCUCCUGCGCAAAUCCAUCACUCGUGCUGUUGCACUCGCGAAAACCAGGAUCGACGUCGAGAACUUCAACGUAGCGAACCGAGACGAGACGGGCUCUCAAGCGACGCUGGCUACGGACGGGAAACGCGGAGGAGAAGAACAGGAUUCAACACAUCCGUCCAACCAACCUCGUGAUGUAGUCAAGUAUGAGAGAGAUUAA